CUCUUACCACAAUCCCUUAUCCAAUUCCAUCUCAUAGAUCCCUUUCUUUUUCUUUUUUUUCUUUUUUUUAUCAGUUUCCCUCGUAAUCUCAUUACCCCAUUAACAUCUGACCGCCAUUAAUUCCAACUUUGAUUUCGUCCAAGCAGUUGCAGAGACCUACGCAGCAAGCAAUGGCGACCAUGAAUUCCAGUGUUCUGGCUUGCAACUACGCCAUUUCAGGCGCGAGAUCGGCCGACCUGAGCUCUAAAAUCAACGCCGCCCCUUCUGUUGCAUCUCCUGGGGUUGUGGGUUACAAGUUGCCUGCGAUUAGGGCUCAACAGGCUAGGGUUCCUGAAGCCAAGAAUGACGGAAGGAGGUCUGCGCUUCUGUACCUUGGUGCCACCCUCUUUGCUGCGGCUGCGGCUGCCUCCAACUCCUCUGCUAAUGCUGGAGUCAUUGAAGAGUACCUUGAGAAGAGUAAAGCUAACAAGGAAUUGAAUGACAAGAAAAGAUUGGCAACAAGUGGGGCAAACUUUGCAAGGGCAUACACCGUUCAAUUUGGAACAUGCAAGUUCCCAGAGAACUUCACAGGGUGCCAAGAUCUUGCUAAACAAAAGAAAGUUCCAUUUAUCUCUGAUGAUUUGGAAUUGGAGUGUGAGGGGAAGGACAAGUACAAGUGUGGUUCCAAUGUCUUCUGGAAAUGGUGAAGGGAAGGCAAGAAACCAUUUCAAGUCUUUGUAUCUAAUUCUCAACUUCUAAAUAGUGUGAAAUUUUAUGCGUUCGAUUCGCAAAUAUAAUGUCUUAACUAGCUGAGUGAUGUUCAAAUUCUAAUAACGAGUUAGUUGAUCACAAAUCGUCACGUUUCU